AUGUUCAUUGCCGAUAGGAUUUACUCCUGGAUUUGUUUAAGACCUGUCACCAUUCCAUUUCUGGCCAGCCUCUCAUGCCAAAACACCAUCUUUACUGACCCUACAGUACUUAUAAAUUGGACAUGCCCUCAUGGUCGUAAAGGCAUCAAUGAGGUGUAUGCCAAUAAUCUUCAAAAUGCUGUUUUAAUUCUUCUCUCUGGAAACAACUUCACUAAAAUUGAAAGGAUGUGCAGUUUCCUUGGUCUGUCAUUCAUCUCAGAUUCUACAUUCUACAGAAUGCAGCAGCUGUAUCUCAUCCCCUGUAUCAACAAAUGGUGGAACUGGCAGAGAGACCAGUUUCUUAAAGAGUUCAAAAGUGUGGAAGUGGUGGUCUGUGGUGAUGACCAGUAUGACUCCCCAGGACACUUGUGGAACUUGUUACUGUGGGCUAGCAUCCAAAAUACAGAGAGACCAGCUUUACAAAAUGCUCUUCAAAGACUAUGCUCUUCCAUAAACAUAGUGGAAGUUGUCACUGAUGCCUCAACAUCAAUAAAUGAGAUAAUUGGUAAGAUACAAUUUACAUGUAAUGUAAAGUGUUCACGGUAUUUGCACUUGAUUUGUCAAUUUAUGGGACUUGUCAGUUAUAAAUAAUUUCAUUAUUCAACUAUUAGAUAGCAUUUAAUAUUGUGUCAACCACGAUCUACUUCUUGAGCAACAACCUUCCCAAAGAGGGGAUUUGCAUUUCUGGGUUUGGGGUUAGGGUGGGGUUAGGUGAGAUGGUCAUUAUAAAAAAUUCCUCUCAUGGCAGAGGUAUGGAUGUCUUAUGGAACUUCUCAUGUUUGAAUGUAUUAAUUUCAUGUUUGUUAUGGUUUGUACCAGCUGACAAUAUCACAGCAGUGUUCCGCAGCCUUGAUGUUUGGCAUAAGGCCAAAAGCAUUCGCAAGUGCUUGGAAAAGGUAUAAAGAUGGUGUUUAAAAGUGGUGUUUAUCUUCUGGGCAACAGUUGAGUGUUCUAAGCCUUUGUGAUGUGUAAUCAUUUUGUUGAUCUGUACAUGACAGUUUGCCAUCAAAUCCACAUGCUUAUACAAACGUUGAAUGGCAUUUAAGCACUGUCAAUAACAUGUGCUUUACACAUACUUUUUGUUUUCUGGACUUGUGAGACAUUUUCACUGUAGAUGCAUCCUACACUAUAUUUAGCAUGUAAUGGCAUUUUCACCACAGUAAAAAUUGGUCCAUUUUAGGCUUUCCCGGUACACCUCUACAAAAAGGGUGACUAGCAUGUGUAUUUUGCUUUCCAGGUUGGAAACCUGAAAAAUAUGGGGAAAAUACAGACCUGGUCUGGUCAUAUUAUAAACGACUUUUGGUACUGUGCUAGCAUUUGCAAGUUACAGCAAGUGAUGUGGAAGCUCUUAAAGUAAUGAAGGUGAUGCCUCUCUCUUGUAUGGUAGAGUUUGCCAAUAUGGUAGAAUUUGUCAAUACACAAAAGCAAUGUGAAUGGUGAAUGAAUCAACAUGCCACAAGCAUGGGACAAACAAAAAAUCUGAGUCUCUGACAGGAAUUGAACCCAUGACCUCCUGGACACUGGGCAGGUGCUGUAUCCACUAAGCUACAAGAACCCAUAGAGAGCAAGGCCAUUAACUGAGUUCAUAUGUGACAGGCAUCCUGCAUACUCCUAGGACCACAACUGUCGAUAUACACAUUCAUUACUGACACUGGUUCAAUGAAAAGUUUAAUCUAUCUGAACUGUAUUACAUUUUUUCUAGGAUACCUGGAUUGGGGUACUGCAUCAUGUAUGUAAUGAACACGAGUGGGUGGGUGGCAAAUGUGGCCAUGGAGAUUUGGUUCCAGAAGAACAUAGUCUUGAAUGGUUUGACCAAAGAGAUAAGGACUUCGAAGCGUGCCAGAAAAUGGUGCUAGAGCCUCAACUCCUUGCUAGCUUCAACUUCUACGUGCAAUUCAGGUAACUGCGCAUGCAGUAAUAUGAUGGCUAGAUUUAUGUUUAUGUUGGUAUGUGUAAGAGCCUACCCAUAUAUUUUUUUUACAAGACGUUUAAUACAUUAUCAUGUUCUGUAAUAAUAGAUCAAUAACAAGUAACAAUACAGAAACACAGAGAUCAAUAAACAAAUGCAAUCACAAUGACAUAGAAGUUUACUAUAUCAGUGUCCUUAUUGGUGAUUUGCAUGCCUUAUUCUUUCAGACACAGCCAGUCUUGAGUAUGCAAAUAGCCUUUCAUUGGUUCACUCCAAAACGGUGUUUGUUUAGGUACGUAAAAAAGCAGUGUUGUUUAUUUCAAAAGAUUUACUUUUUGAGGAUAAUAUGGGAAAACAAAAUGGUGAUGGCAUGUAUACAAAGUGACAUGCACAAUCAGCAUAAUCAACGUGCAUAAUCAGCAUUUACCUUACCUGCCUUCAUCUUCAAUCUAAAGCCUUUGAGUUCUGCCUUUGAUUUGUAAUUUGUAACGGCUGUCAGAUUUACUUUUACAACUCUUCCCAGUAACACCAAGUGUGAUGUGGAAUAAUGCAAUGUUUUUGCAUGUGUGUGAUAUGACAUGGUUCAAUGAUCUACUAACAUGUUCCAUAGAAAGCUGGUCAGACUUUCAAUUGCUCUUCAGAUUUGUAACCCCCACAUACUGGUAUGUACUAACUAUUUCCACAGUGUAGUACCUUAAUUAGACAGAUUUUGGGUUGUCUAUCUUUCUCUGUUUCUAUUUUCAACCUCCUCAGUGUAUUUAUUGUAAGUAUUCUUCAAUAAAGUAAAACUGAACUUUAAUUUUUUCUUUGAAAACAUUUCUAAUCUCAUUCUUUUCUUCAGUUUCUUCACACACAUGCAUUUCAGAUUGUCUGAAACAAAUCCCACACAGAUGACAACCUGUGCAUAUCUUGAAUACAUUUUGUAUUUAUAUUUUGUGCUUGUAGAAUGAUGGAACAUAAACCAAAAACAACCUACAUUGUAAAUAGUCCAUGAUAAAUGAAAGUUUUUCUAUCAACCAAUUCAACAAUCUAUUGACAUUUUCAACAAAUCCAACAAUAUUUUGACAGUGAUAACUUCCUCUACACUGCUUUUUGGAACAUUUAAGUGAGUGAAAAAGUGAUUGAAGAUUUUUUUUCCUUGUGCAAUGCCAAUGACGAUGACUUCCUUUUCCUCUUUGGUGGUUUAUACUUCGGAUCUUUUUGGGAGCUGCAAUCCUCUUCUGUCUUGUCACAAUCUCUAUCACUUUCUGAAUUAACAUGGGAAAGGCUAGAUGGUCUAAAAGAUGAAACUAGUGAGACGAUCUCAGAUAGUCCAGACUGCAAUUGAUAGCCCUGGCAUGGUAGUUCCAUAAGUACUCACUCCUGCUCUGUUCACUUCCAGUUUGUAUCUACCUUGGUAGUCUGCUAGGGCUUUACCCCUUAGCAGUGAGUACGUUUCAAGGUUGUAUUUUUAU